AUGCAUUCUGCACUCAGACCAAAACCUCCUGUCAAAUUACCUCCAUCAUUAAUUCCAUCAUGUACAACACAUAUUAAAAAACCAUCUAUAAGUCAAAAUAAUCAUCAUGAAAAAUCCAUCAUUAAUACAAAUGAACAUCAUUUAAAAGCAAUUAUUAAUGGCUAUAAAAAUAUCGAAUUAAAUAAUUCCAUAUCAGAAAAAUGUAUUUGGUCAUUAGGUUUAAUUAAUUCCAAAGGAAAAUAUCUAACAGCUGAAACUUUUGGAUGUAAAAUAAAUGCGACUGGAACAUGUUUAAAAAAGAAACAAAAAUGGAGAAUUAUUUAUAAUAUUCAAAAUGAUUGUAUUUAUCUUCAAUCUUCACUUCAUCAUUAUUUAUCAACAGAUAAAUAUGGUCGUUUAAAAUGUGAUGCAUUCGAUAUGGAUAAUGAUUGUCGUUUUCAACUUGAAUAUAAUCAAAAUGGACAAUGGGCAUUUAAAUCGUUAACUUAUGGCAUGUAUCUUGGUGGAGAUAUUGAUCAACUUCAUUGUUUUAGUAAAAUACCGGAAUGGUGGUCACCUCAUUUAGCUCUUCAUCCACAAAUUAAUCUAAAACAUGUUAUUCGUAAACGUUAUGCUAAAUUAGAUAAUGAUGAAAUUCAUAUAGAUGAUAUUAUUCCAUGGGGUAGUGAAGCUAUACUUACAGUUGAAUAUGCGAAUGGUCAAUAUUAUAUUCAAUCAAAUAAUGGACUUUAUUUUCAUAAAGAUGGAAAAUUAAUUGGAAAAAAAACUGCUGAAACAUUAUUUACAAUUGAACUUUAUAAAGGAUAUUUAACAUUUAAAGAUUGUAAUCAAUGUUAUUUAACAGCUAUUGGUCCAUUAGGUAUAAUGACAACACGAAAUAAAAUAGCUGGUAAAGAUGAACAAUUUCUAUUAGAAGAAAGUAAACAACAAAUAUGUUUAAUUGCAUCAAAUGGUAAACUUGUAUCAAUAAAACAAGGUGUUGAUUUAUCAGCAAAUCAAUGUGAACGUGAUCAUAGUAGUAUAUUUCAACUUGAAUAUGAUGAGAAUUUAGAACUUUAUCAUUUACGAACUUAUAAUAAUAAAUAUUGGAAAUUAGAAGGUUAUGGUGUACAAGCAACAGCAGAUAAACGAUCGAUAGAAACUGGUUUUUAUAUUCAAUCAACAACUAAUGGACAUGUAGUAUUUCAAGCAUCGAAUGGAAAAUAUAUAAUUCCUCAUGCAACUGGACAUAUGCGUGCUAUUGGUGAUCAAAUUAAUUUAAAUGAAAAUUCAUUCUUAUUAAAAUUUAUUAAUCGACCAUUUUGUGUAUUUAAAUGUGAUUUUGGAUAUGUUUCUUAUAGAAAUAAACAAUCACGUUUACUUGAAUGUAAUAAAUCUAUAUUUACAUUAUUUACACUUGAAGAAUCAGAUGAUGGAAUUGUGCAUUUUAAAGGAUCAGAUGGAAUGUAUUGGGAAAUAUUAAGUGAUUUAACUAUUAGUGUUACUGGACAUGAACCAUCAAAGUUUAUGUUAGAAUUAUGUUCAACACAUUCAAGAAUUAUUAUAAAAGCACCUAAUGGAAUGUAUUUACGAGCUGAACAAAAUGGAAGUAUACAAGCAACAUGUGAAUAUAGUCGACAAGCAACACAAUGGGAAUUUUAA